CUCCGUCCGUCCGCGCCAUCAUCAACCCACCAAAAGCAGAACACCCCUCAGGCAGCGGAAAGGGAGCGAUGGCCAAAUGCGGCAAGAUCCAGGGCAUCGUCCGCCUCCAGCAGACGCUGAGGCGUUGGCGGUCCCGGGCCGCGGCGGCGCCGACGGCUCCGGUGCCGUCGGGGCACGUGGCGGUGUGCGUGGGUGGCGAGUCGCGGCGGUUCUUGGUGCGCGCGGCGCACCUCAACCACCCCGUGUUCCGGGAGCUGCUCCGGCAGUCGGAGGAGGAGUACGGCUUCCCGUCCACCCCCGGCCCCGUCGCGCUCCCCUGCUGCGACGAGGACCGCUUCCUGGACGUCCUCCGCCGCGUGUCCUCCGAGGACCGCCGCGGCCGCUCGGUCUGCUGCCGCGUGCCGGUCGUCACCAGCCGCGACGUCGCGGCGCGACCGCUGCUGCAGGGGAUGGCGGUGGACAAGCUCGUGUGGUGACCACUCGAGAACAUCUCGCGUGCCUGGCGCGGCCGAGAAGACCGACUGGUCGAUCCCGCGUACACAACAAGCAAUGACACAAUCGGCGCCCCACACCAGUGAACGGGCGAGGGCGCCGCGCGUGUGCAAGUGAGGUUGCGUGGCGUCUGCGCCACCGCCUUGCGGGCGGCCCUGGCAACGGAGCGAGCAGCUGCCGCCGCGGAUUCGGCGCCGAAGGGAAGCGUGCGUGCGCGCCGCGCGGCGGAAGAUGUCGCAGGCAAUGGCUGCAUGGUCCUUCCGCCAUGCACCGCCCAAGACCCCAAGUGCUAUCGUGGAACCCGUGGGACCCAUGUCUAUUUGCUUUUUGAACAAAACGACCCCGGAUCAUUAGCACUGCGAGUAAUGGCAGUGCGUUGAUGUGGCCUGGUCGCUAUGGAAGCAAAGAAACGCGAGGGUAUUCAACCGGAUAAAUCAACAAAAAUCGGUCGAUGAGCGACACAAACACAUCAUGGACGAGAUCAAAGAAUGGAAGGAGGCCGGAUUAGGUGCUGGAUGUUUAGGUAGUUUUCUGGAGAGUAGGCUUUGCUUCAUAGGUGUGUAGGCGGUUUUUUCUUCUUUUGUGUGAUGUUCGCAUCACUCGCAACUUCUUAUAAAUAUUUCUGCCUUCUAUAAAAA